AGGUAAAAAGAAAAGGUUAGAGGGCUGUCUCAGUAUAAAAAAAAUAAAAAAGUACAAUCAUGUGGACAAGUGCGCUAAGACAAGAGGCGAAGGUGGUGGCGCUGAUGACCCAAGCGUGCGCCUACAGCUACUCUACACCAUCGCCACUCACAGUCACAUCUAGUCUCAACUACUACAACAAACUCACUUCCAAUCAUCCAUCCUUCAUCUCACCGCGCUCUUUCGUCUCCAUCAUGAAUAACAACAGCACUAACCCUCCUCAACAACCACAUCUGGAUUCCAUUUUCAAGCAAAAACGGGUCCUCCGAUCCAAAGUCCGCCAGACCCUCAAGUCUAUGGACCCUUCUCUUCGAUCCCAUGAAGAUAAUGCAAUUCAGAACAUUGUUCUGGAAGCUCCGUGGUUUAAGUCUUGUCAGAGAUUAUGUGCCUAUAUAAGUUGCACUGCUUUGAGAGAAGUUAGCACUUCUAAAUUGUUGUCUGAAAUUUUGCAAACUCCACCUAAAGAAUUUGAUGUUGAUCGAUNACCGAAUUAA